UAUACAGUGAAAAUCCAAAAGCAACACAUUGUGGAGCAGAAUGAAAUGGGUGGUGAACCUCUGAUUUAAAUUUCAGCUGAAGAGCAAGGUUUUUUUAUCCUUUCCCUCUGAAGUGGAAAAGGCAGUGAAGAUUAACACACCGAAUCUUUUAUCACUUGAGUUUCCAAGUUGUCAUGGCAACGGGGAGAGCUGUGAUGAGAGCUGUCAGAGUGUUUGAAUUUGGUGGACCUGAAGUGCUUAAGCUGCAGUCAGAUGUCUCCUUGCCGGUUCCAAAAGCAAAUCAGGUUCUCAUUAAAGUUCACACCUGUGGCAUUAACCCAGUGGAGACCUAUAUUCGUUCUGGGACCUAUGCUAGAAAGCCAGCUCUACCUUACACACCAGGUUCCGAUGCGGCCGGCGUAAUAGAAGCAGUUGGAGAGCAAGUAACCACUUUCAAGAAUGGAGACCGGGUUUUUACUGUUGGUACAAUUUCUGGUGGCUAUGCAGAAUAUACCGUUGCUUCAGUUGACACAGUCUUUCCCUUGUCUGAUGAACUGGAUUUCAAGCAAGGUGCAGCAGUUGGAAUUCCAUAUUUUACUGCAUUCCAUGCUCUCUUUCAAAAAGGGGAUGCUAAAGCAGGAGAAACCUUGCUAGUCCAUGGAGCAAGUGGAGGAGUUGGAAUAGCAGUAUGCCAGAUUGCAAGAGCUUAUGGUUUGAAGGUUUUGGGCACAGCUGGUACUGAGGAAGGAAUAAAUCUGGUUCUGAAAAAUGGAGCCCACAAAGCAUUUAAUCACAGGAAGAAGGAUUACUUGGCUCAGAUUAAGGAAACUGCUAGUGAACGAGGCAUAGACAUAAUUAUAGAAAUGUUGGCUAAUGUCAACCUUGCCAAUGACUUGCUACUUUUGACAAAAGGAGGAAGGGUGAUGAUUGUGGGAAGCAGAGGUCCCAUUGAGAUAAACCCUAGAGAGACUAUGGCGAAGGAGUCAAGCAUCAGAGGAAUUUCUUUAUAUGCUGCAUCUAAGGAGGAGCUGGAUGAAUGUGCAGCUUCAAUCCUUGCAGGUAUAGAAGCUGGCUGGCUGAAACCAGCAAUAGGCCCUGAAUAUCCAUUGGAGAAGGUGACAGAGGCUCACAGAGGUAUAAUCCACAGCCAGGGUGCUUUGGGGAAGAUGGUGCUUCUUAUUCGUUAAGUGCUUAUGCACUUAAC